AUGGUGAUCGCUGGCAGGCAGCAGACAUCGAGUAUGGUCAAAGUAGUUUCCGUUCACCAGGUCCAGGGGGAAAACAUCCAAUACCUAGAGUUCUAUUACCAUUGCGGAGGGCCAAGGAUCUCUGGCAAAUUCGACCACGACUUCUGGGCCCGCACAGUUCUUCAGAUGGCGCAGUCCGAGACAGCUGUACGGCAUGCUCUGCUUGCUCUUAGCUGCCUCGCGAAAUCGGAGUCUGGGACGCUCAAGGACGCUCGCUCCGGGCUUGUUGCGGUGUCGAAACAGAAGACCAUGAUCACGCACUAUAAUAAGGCUUUGACACAAUUAGUCCAAAGAAUGGCCGAGCCAUCGUACUCUCCGGAAGUUGGACUGGUCUGUUGCUUGAUCUUCAUAUGCUUGGAGUCGCUACGCGGGAACUACGACGCGGCAUUGACCCACUAUAAAAGCGGUCUUGAUAUCAUUUCCGCCUUCAAGAACAGGAGCAGGUGCAUAACAGGACCAGCCGAAAAUGUUCGCCCUGACAUGAUUGAGGAAGUCAUACUCCCGUUGUUCACGCGAAACAUCGCAACAGCUAUCAUAUACGGUCUUCCAUCUGAGCAUGUCUCGUUCAACUCCCAGUACCCAAUCGGAACGCAAGAAUGCAUCUUCAACACGAUCCUCGACGCCGAUCUAUCCGCACACAACCUGCGCAACAUGGCGUUUCUCCUCAUCCGAAAUCUCGGCACGAAAAUCAUCACGCAGGAACCUUACACCGAGGAAGAACUGCAAGAGCUAGCGGACUGCAUAGCACACCAUCAAGUCUGGCUGCGCGCACUCGAGAAGUUCGAACGCGAGACAAAUCUCUCCGAGGAAGAUGUCGUGGCGGCGACUAUGCUCAAGGCCAUCCACGUCCUCAUGUAUGUCUUUGCCUCGCGCCUGUUGUUGCAAAGUCAGACGGAUUUCGACCAGCACCUCGAUGACUUCAAGGCUAUAUGA